GCUGUGGGGAUGAGGGAGAGGUGCUGGCCAUGGGGAGGGGUGCUUGCACACCCUGCUUUCCAGCUGUAGCAUCUGCAUGGCCUGGGAACACCCCCUGCUGGUCCCGGCAAGCUCACUUUCACUGGCCACUUGCCUUCUGGGCCUCAGCUUCUUUCACGUAGGCCUCUUUUCUUCCCCUCCGUGUUCUCUCUUGUUCAGAGUGCGGUUUCUUUUUGCACUGUUAUUUCUUUUUGCUUCUUGACCCCCUUCCCACUGGAAUACUUUUCCAGGGAACCUGUGGUGCAUUUGGAGAAGAGCCUUUCUUUUAAAGCCUCAUGUUUGUUGAUGUGUUUCUCAAAGAGAAGAGCAUUCAGCUGGGAGUUAGGAGACAUGGAAUCUGGCUUGGGUGCCCUACUUCCCAAACAGCAGGUUCUCUAUUGUAGAAAGAGAGUACAGCUCAGGGAUAGCUACGGUUUCCGAUAGCUGUGUGGUGUAGGGUUCUAAUGCUCUGAGGAUUUAGGGAUGAGAGUUUAGAGGUGCCUGUUUGUCAUGGUCUGAGACAGGCUAGUGGAAUGGUGCUGUCAUGAGGUCUAUAGACUUGACCUUGCUCAGGGCAAUCAGAAGAUACUGCUUAGGAGUGUGAGGGAGGACAGGCUGUAGUGUGUCUGCAGUUGGCCUCUGUUACAGGUGGCACUGCCUUGACUCAGUGCCCGUGCUCAGUUGUGUCAAGAGAGUAGUAAAGAAUGCUGUCUUGGGCUAGUGGGUAUCUCAGUUUGGGAAGGAGGAGUGAACACUCUAGGCCCACAAGCCCAAUAGACCUGGAGCCCAGGUAUAGAAAAGUUGGAUGUGGUGUUACACACUGUGAUCCCAGUCCAGGGCAAGCUGGGAGGCCGAGGUGGGAGACAAACACCUGGUCACUGGGAAGGCUGGCUGAGUUUGGAGUACAAAGUGCAGAAACAAGAGGGACCAUGCCUUUACAAGGUACAUGUAAAGAAAGGCUCCCAAAAGUCGUCCUCUGACCUCCCUAUGGCAAAUAUACACGGACACAGACGCAGAUACAUAACACACACCAGAGAGAGGGAGAGGAGAGAGAGACUGAGAAUAAAAAGCAAGCAAACAAAAAUCACCGUCUUUACAACAUGCCAUUCAUAGGCGAGUAGUCAGUAAUAGCAAAGGGUCAUAGACUGUUCCAUGACCUGCCUUGGCCUAUGAGCAGAGAAGGGUCUCCUGCCCUAUAACGUGAGAAGAGGAGAAGUUGGACAGAUAUGGGUAGCCUGUAGCUACUGGAAGGAAAAUGAAGUUACACCUGAUAGCUUUUUUCCCCCCAUUAAAUGAGGAGGGGACUGGAGAGAUGACUCUGCAGUUAAGAGUACUGUCUAUUCUUCAGAGGACCAGAGUUCAAUUCCUAGCUCCAAGAUGGAGGUUUACAACUGUCUAUAACUCUAGGUUCUAGGCCCUCUUCUGGCCUCCACAGGUACUGCAUGCAAAUACAGAUAACAUAUGCAGGCAGAAUACCCAUACACAUAAAUAAUAAAAAAUAAAGGUUAACAGUUUUAAAAAAUAUAUGGAGGAGGUCUGAGGGUGGGGGUUUUGGGGAACGUGGGUGGGGUUAGCAUCCUUGCCUUUGUAGCAGAAGGUGAGGAUGCUAAACCCAGCCUCCAGGAUCUCAGAGGCAUGCACAGGGUCAUCUGAGGUUUUCUAUGAAUUUCUAGUCCUUUCAGGCUUCUCCACUGCAAUACCUUUUUUUUCUUAGGGGCAUUCAGCUCAGGUAAAGAUGUGCAUUAAGGUCAUUCUGGGUUAAUGCACACCUUUAAUUCCUGCAUAUAGGAGGCAGACACACAUGGAUCUCUGUGAGUUCAAUGCCAGCCUUGUCUGCAUAGUAAGUUCUAGGUCGACCAGAGUCAUAUAGUGAGAACCUAUCUCAAAAGAAGAAAGAAAGGGAGUAUAACAAAGAAUUGCAGGCUCUAUAGAGCUGGACAAGGAGAAGAGUAAAGACAGAGUGCCUCGUGGCUGGAGAAGUACUUGCUGAGUCAGGGGGUGCCCAUCCCAAAGACAGAGAGGAGAAUUGCAAGAUACAUGCUAGAGUAAGUGAGCUAGAGACGGGUGAGCCUGGAAAGAGCGAUGCUAGCCAAUAUGAUAACGGAUAGUGUCUUUUCUAUGUGAACAGCCAGGCCAACAGGCCAACUCUGAGUUUGGUCCUUAGAACCCAUGUAGUGGAAGGAGAGCACCAACUCUGACUUUCCCAUGUGUGCACCAUGGCAAACACAGACACAUACACAUACACACAUACACAUACACACAUACACAUACACAUACACAUACACAUACACAUACACAUACACAUACACAUAGACACAGACACACACACAGACACCACACACAGAAAUUGCUGUUUUAAAAAAAGCAAACAAGGGGGCUGGUGAGAUGGCUCAGUGGGUAAGAGCACCCGACUGCUCUUCCCAAGGUCCAAAAUUCAAAUCCCGGCAACCACAUGGUGGCUCACAACCAUCUGUAACAUGAUCUGACGCCCUCUUCUGGAGUGUCUGAAGACAGCUACAGUGUACUUACAUAUAAUAAAUAAAUAAAUCUUUAAAAAAAAAAAAGCAAACAAAAUCAGUAAGAACAAAGCUCUAGGAAACUUUGAAUCAAUCAACAGGAGUGGAGGAAACACCUGAUAUGCACAAGAAAUAUCUAUAUUUGUUAUAGGGUCCCUGAGAUGGGUGUAGCUGUAGAGGUGACAUAGUCAGGCUGGGUCAGAGUUAGGGGCAUUCUGCCUGGCCCUGGGCUCCUGGAACUCCACCUACAUGAGAAGAUCUUGUCCAGAAGCUGGAUUUAAGAGCUAUAAAUAUCUCCUUAAGUCCUUGCUAGGUGCCUGUCAGGUGCCAUGGUCCUGAAGAGAGAUGUAUCUGAGCCUUGAGACUCAGAAGGGGGAGCAGAGGUGGUUGGCUGAGGCCAAGGUUGAGCCCACCUUCCUUUGUUAACUUGCAGGUCUUCGGAGCCUCAUCCAGGGUUCGAGGAAGGGCUCUCUGAGGUCUGAGGACCUGGGUGUGUGUCAGUGCUAACAUUUCUGUCAAAGGAAGAGUCUUUAGACCUCUGCUGGGUGUGACUGAGUGAUAUGACUUCUAGGAUCUUCUAGGUGAGGUGAGAAAGGAAGGAGUCUGGAUCUCACACUGAGGAAUUUCUAGUCUGGGUGACAGAUUGGGAUUGCACUUGGGGAACUGCAGGGCAGCCCAGAUCUGCAGGUCAGAGGAAAGGGUCAUAGGUAAGGAAGACAUCUUGGAGGAAGAAGAUAGUAGUCUAAGAAAUGUCUCAGACAAGGACUGAGUUCCCAGCCACUGCUGUCUGCCCUACUGAAGUGCCAGGCAGGUAGCCCCAUGGUUUGAAAAGAUGUUUUUAGGUCUUUUUCUCCUUCUAUUUCCUGUCCUUGCUUUGUAAGAAAAGAUAAGAUGGUCUCUUGCUUUGGGGUUAGUGAUCGCUGUGGAUCUGAGAGGACCAAGGGCUGACCUGUGGUCUUAUGUAUAGAAUCCCGGUCUCUUGCAUGCUAAGCUAAAUUCUUAACACGGCCCUCCCAACCCCCCCACCCCCCCAACACACACAUCAGAGGCCUUGCUUACUAGGAUAGGACCCUGAGGCUUUGAGAUCCUUCCAGGGGCCUUGCUGGGCAGAAGCUCUGCGUUCUUCUUGCUCUAGAGACUCUUGGUUGUUGGGAUUUCUCAGAUUCCUAAGGGUGAAUUGGGGAAGUGUUGACCAAGCUCCCAGCUUGCUUUCUUAUAGUCUAUACUCUUGUGUGUGUGUGUGUUUCUUGUGUAUUCAUUGGUAUGGCUUGUGGGUCCCCCCCUCCCUCUCCCUCUCCCUCUCUCUCUCUCCCCCCUCCCUCUCCCUCUCCCUCUCUUUCCCCUCCCUCUUCCUCUCCCUCUCUCUCUCUCUCUCUGUGUUUGCAUUUAUGCAUGUAUGUCCACAUAUGUCCAUAUCUUGCUGCUUGUCUGUGUUUAUGCCAUGUAUUUGUUUGUGAGUCUAUAUGGAAUCCCUGGUGUGUGUCUCCAUGUCUGGACACUCACGUGUCUCUGUAUGGACUUUGGUGUCUGUGUGUGUAUCUGGUUUCUAUCUCUGUGUGUGCAUGUGCUCCUGGGUCUGCAGUGAACAGCGUCACGCUGGCCGUGAACCUGGUGGGCUGUCUCGCGUGGCUGAUCGGAGGCGGGGGAGCCACCAACUUUGGCCUGGCCUUUCUCUGGCUCAUCCUCUUCACACCUUGCUCCUACGUCUGCUGGUUUCGGCCCAUUUACAAGGCCUUCAAGACAGACAGUUCCUUCAGCUUCAUGGCAUUCUUCUUCACCUUCAUGGCUCAGCUGGUCAUCAGCAUCAUCCAGGCUGUGGGAAUUCCAGGCUGGGGUGUCUGCGGCUGGAUUGCCACCAUUUCCUUCUUCGGGACGAACAUCGGCUCAGCAGUGGUGAUGCUCAUUCCCACGGUCAUGUUCACAGUUGUGGCCGUCUUUUCCUUCAUUGCUCUUAGCAUGGUUCAUAAGUUCUACCGGGGUAGCGGAGGCAGUUUCAGCAAGGCUCAGGAGGAAUGGACCACUGGAGCGUGGAAGAACCCACAUGUGCAGCAGGCAGCCCAGAAUGCAGCCAUGGGGGCUGCUCAGGGUGCCAUGAAUCAACCGCAGACUCAGUAUUCUGCCACUCCCAACUACACGUACUCCAAUGAGAUGUGAGCCAGCCAAGCCCACCAGGAGGCAGGGCUGGGGGCCAGUGGGACAGGGGGCUUAAGCCACAUCUUCUGUGUGGUGACCAAGCAGGGUUCCCCCUUCCCUUUUCUCCUCCCCAACUUUGUACAAAGAAUCAGAGUUAUAUAUAUAUAUAUAUAUAUGUGUGUACGUAUAUGUAUAUGUCUAUCCCUGCCCCCACCUUUGGGUCCUCUGGGAACUUUGCACUGCACAAGAAGUGUUUUCUGUGCAUUGGUAGCCAAGCCUAUGUCCCCUUGUGAGAUAAUGUACAGUGGCGAUCUCUUGUUGUGGUGCUAGAUGUAUGUUUAGAACUAAACCAGCCCCCUCCAUCCAUCAGGUUGUCCCCUCUGACCCUGGCCCAGAGACUCCACAGGCCAGGGGGAGGCCUAGCAGGGAGCCAGAUACCUUGUGCAGGGUGAUGAGCCUAAGCUAUUUCUGCCUUUAGUCCCAUUGGGAAGCAACAGUAUUAGUGUUCAUGGUGAUAGGCAGGUUCUAGGCGAUGGGACAGAGAGGAUGUCCCCUUGCUCCCUGUAGUCCUCCCUCCACCUCCUCUUCCCCUCGUUCCUCCCUCAUUGUGAGAUUCUUUGUGCUCAUUUCCCUAGCUGGCUCCUCCGUGAUCUUUUUCCUCCCCAUGUAGCUUUUCGUUGUCUUCCUAAAGCGGGGUGUCUCAGUUAUGUCUGCUUUUAAGACUACCCAGAUACCCCCAAUCCGCUCCCCAGUUCCAGGAAGCUGACAUGGGAGCUCAGCCAACCCUGACGUGGAAGGGGCACCCAGCUUGGGGAUUCUGAGCCCAUUUGGUACUUGAUACGGGGGAGGGGGGGGAAUGGAAAUGCAGAGCUGAUCUCCUUGAUUCUGCAAGCCUGGCCCGCAGAGGCAGGCAUCUCCUUUUCCCUCUCCUGGCUUCCACCCCUUGCUGCCCAGAUCCACCUUGAGCCGCUCUGCAUUUCCCGCUGGCUUGUAUGAGGCACUUGCCAGGUGUAAAGGCCGUGGUGGAACAGAGGGCAUCAUUGGUCGCUGGGGGAGGUGUGGCUGGCCCCAGCUCAGAAGGGCUUCUAGCUUCUCAAAGUGACCACUGGAUUCCUGGAAGGAGUAGCUGUUCUAAUUGAGUCUGGCAGAAAGGAUAGAGGUCAGAAGGUUAGGUCUGAAGGGGGAAGAUCUGAGGAGAAGUCAAAUAGGACCCAUUGAGAGGGUAGUUCACCUCUCCAGUCUCCCUUGUCCUGGCUACAGGACACAUUCUGCAGAGAUGCUCCCAGGCCCAGUUCAAGCUGCAAGCACAAUGUCCUGAGUAGGAUUCCUGGUUGGCAGGAGGAAGGGCAGGAUGGCUCUGCCUUUAGUUUUUAGUUUAGUGUUCUGUCCUUCCCUCCUCUUCCAUUCACGAGAACGACAGGAUUCGAUUCCAGGCCUUUCCUUAGUUCUCUUAGAACCCUCAUCUCUCUCUAGACUGAUCUUAGUUCCUGGGACUGUAUCUUUCAAGCAGGGUGUGGACAUUGUCUGGUAUCUUAUUCCUCUGCAUGAGGCCUGAGGUGGGUAGGCCUUACCAAGGAGCAGCUGGCUGUUUCUCAUCUCCUUGCAACAGAAACCCACCUAGGCUAGGGAGACUGGAAAACCAUACCACAUUGGUUUGCCUUGGACCCUAAGACUUGGUUUCAGGCCACCUUGAGCUUUGAUUUUUCAGCUUCUUCCUUGUAAGAGAAUCCAAGAGUGUCUGGAAAGUUCCUUUCCUGUUGACUCCCUAGGCUUAGUUGAUUCUCUCCCCUACUGUUUUCUCUAUGGAGAGCAGUUGUCAUAGCUCCUGCUACCCUGAGAGAUUCUAGGGCUAGGCUCUUCCUCCUCUUCCCUUCUCCCAGCUCCCUUUCUCUUAGUCCUCUGUUACUUCCAGGAAAGCUGUGAUCCAGCUGCCAGCCUAGCAUCCACAGCUGUUGGGUGUUACCCCCAGUCAACUUCCUGUCCUAUCGGCCUCUCCUCUUUCCUGGCUCACACCUAUUGGCCAUGCCUGGCACUGCCCUUGGGAAAGCCUGUCACCAGUGUCUGGCCCAGCUGCUCAGGCACUGGGAUGCUGCAUCUUCAGGCAACUAUGCACUUUGAUGAGGAGAGAGUGAGAGAGAUGGGGCCGGGCACAGAUGGUUUGCUUGAGGGGUGGGAGGGCCUGGUGGAUGCUGGGAGUCCUCCUGUCUGUCGCCAGCCAGUGACCUGCUUUUGCAUUCUCCUGGUGCCCACUGCCCCUUGUUUCUGAGAGACACAAACUAUCCCCUCAUUGGCAGUUGACCUGCCCGAGCCAGUGUCUAUCUGUGUAACUGGAUGAAUAUAAUAAAGGGAUCAUUUGACCCUGUA